CACCUCAAACUUCUCCCUGUCCCGCUAUCCCUCUCCCGAUCCAGACCGCCCCCUGCUGCCGCACCCUCCGCUGCCUGCCACCGAUGCCCCUGCUACCCAUCUCUCCCCCCUCUCACCGAUCCUCCUCUUUCUGAUCCAUCUCGGCCCUCCGCCCGCUGCCUCACUCGCCGCGUCCACUGCGUCUGCUGCCGCUGCUCCGACGAGGGAUGUGAUGUCUUCAUAAUUUUCCAAUAGUUUGAGGAGACUAGAAGCUCAAUCAGACUGUGGUAGUGAAGUCAUCAAUGGAUUCAUUCAGUCGUGGUUCGGAUAAUGUUAUUGGAUCCUACCCAGUCUCAGUUCAGGAGCUUUUGGUAAUUGACGACCUGCUGUCAGCUCUGGUUGGUAUUGAUGGGCGCUACAUUUCAAUUAAAAGAGUGAGAGGAAGGGCAGACCAUGUCAUCUGCCAAAUUGACCCUUCCAUGGACCUUGCCCUGCAGGAAUUGACACAGAGGAUUUUCCCUCUGUGUCAGAAUUAUGUGCUGAUCAAUUACUUUGUUGAGUCCAAAUCUCAUUUCAAAUCUGGAUUGGUUAACCAUGCAUUUGCUGCUGCAUUAAGAGCCCUCCUUCUGGAUUACCAAGCAAUGGUUGCACAGCUUGAACAUCAAUUUCGCCUUGGUAGACUCUCUGUUCAAGCAUUAUGGUUCUUUUGUCAGCCAAUGAUGGGAUCAUUUAAUGCCUUGUCAAUUGUGGUUGAGAAGGCUUCAUCCAACAAUUUUUGUGGUGCUACAACUCUUAACCUCUUGCAAAGCCAGGCCAAAGCCAUGGCAGGUGAUAAUGCAGUUCGGUCAUUGCUUGAGAAGAUGACCCAAAGGGCAAGCUCGGCAUAUCUAGCAAUAUUAGAAAGGUGGGUAUAUGAGGGUGUUAUUGAUGACCCUUAUGGUGAAUUCUUUAUUGCUGAAAACAAAUUGCUGCAGAAGGAGAGUCUCACUCAGGACUAUGAUGCUAAGUAUUGGGUGCAGCGUUAUAGCCUUAAAGAUGGCAUUCCUAGUUUCCUUGUCAGUGUUGCUGGGAUAAUCUUGACAACAGGAAAAUAUUUGAAUGUUAUGAGGGAGUGUGGACAUAAUGUUCAGGUGCCAUUAUCAGACAAUUCAAAGUUAAUGAGCUUUGAGUCAAACCAUCAUUAUCUUGAAUGCAUAAAAACUGCUUAUGACUUUGCCAGUAGUGAGCUCUUGAAUCUCAUCACACAUAAGUAUGACCUUGUGGGAAAACUGCGGGCUUUGAAGCGUUACCUUCUUCUUGAUCAGGGUGAUUAUUUGGUUCAUUUUAUGGAUAUUUCUCGUGAUGAGCUUGCUAAAAGACCCGAUGAAAUUUCUGUCGAGAAGUUACAGUCACUUCUCGAUCUUGCUUUGCGAUCAACUGCUGCUGCUUCAGAUCCUUGUCAUGAAGAGUUAACAUGUUGCAUGGAAAGAGUUCCAUUGCUCAAAAGACUAACUACACUUACAGAUUUGGAUUCCACUGAAUCUGUGGAGGAUAAUAAACCUUCUUUGGAUCCUGAUAUACAAUCUGAGCUGUUAAAUAUUACUGGUGUGGAGACGUUCUGCCUUGGAUACAAGGUUCCAUGGCCCUUAUCAUUGAUUAUUCCCAGAAAAGCUUUAACAAAAUACCAGUUGAUAUUCCGUCUCCUAUUCCACUGCAAACAUGUAAAUCGCCAGCUUUGCAUGGCAUGGCAAGUACAUCAGGGAUUUCGUGCCAUUAACAUUCUUGGAAAGCCCAUUCUCAGAUCUUCGAUUCUUUGCCGAAGCAUGCUUAAAUUCAUCAAUAGCCUUUUGCAUUAUCUAACUUUUGAGGUCCUCGAGCCAAACUGGCAUUCUAUGCAUGAUCGGCUGCAAACUGCAAAGAGUGUAGACGAGGUAAUUCAGUUCCAUGACUAUUUUCUCAAGAAGUGUCUGAAAGAAUGUUUGCUGCUUCUACCUAAGGUUUUUAAGAAAAUUGAGAAGUUAAAAUUAAUAUGCCUUCAGUAUGCCGCUGCUAUCCAGCUUCUAGUACCAUCAAUCUACUCUAUAGACGCCACUGCAGAUGUUGCAACAACUUCAAUUGGACCAGGAAGAUCUAAACACCGAAGAUUGAGAUAUCAGAAUCAGCAAUUAAAAUCUGCAGCUGAAAAUAAAUUGAUAUGUGAUUCAAUCAUGAGAUUUGAAAAGGAGUUCAACGAAGAGCUGCAGAGUCUAGCCCCCAUUCUCAGCAGCAGCUCUCAAGCAGAACCAUAUCUGACCCAUCUUGCCCAGUGCAUUCUUGGCUUAGGGAGCGAUAUAUAGGUGCUUUGUAUUGCCCCUCUUCAAUGAAAUUGUUGCCACAACUGGGUUUUGAGGAUUAUCAUCCAGUAUUGGCAUUACUUUGCUUGGUUAGUGUUCCAUCCUUAAUUCCUUUGCGAUAACGGGGGUGUGGAACACUGGAGGCGAUUGAUGGCUGUCCCUUAGGUUUCUACCUGUUGGAUUAAGACUAUUUCCGGAUGAGCUUGGGACGAGUUUCUGGCUUGGUUGAUUAAGAAGACAGGUUAGGCUCAAACCUGAUGGAUGACUGUAAACUAAGUACUAAUUGUUGUGAAACAUGAAUUACUAUUGCUGCAUGCAACACUCGAUGUGAGUAUGAUCCAAGCUGUUCAUCCUCUA